GGAAAGAUGGUUUGAUGGGCGAUGACAGAGGAGAUUCUGCAGCGCAAGUUCGCCAACCAACUGAGCCUCCUCCAGGUGGGAAAACGACAAACGAAUCCAGUGGUGCACUCGAAGCACUUCUGAUGCAUUCAUUUGCCUGAUGGCAGUUUGAGCACGAAAAGAAGCUCCAGGGCUUCAAUCUGGAGAUUACACGCUCAAGACCAGCCCCAAUCUCACGAGGUAGCCACAAACGACCACAAAAUAACGGCGCCGAUGAUGCAUUCUUCUCAUCCAUCUUGAAUGCUUUCCAUGUGUGUAUUCCUUCGUGUAGGCGCAUCUGCAGCAGCUGGGCAUCCGCCAUCACCUCCCCAGACCGCCCCUCUGCACGCCUCAUCUCGCCCACCCGCCCGCACACCACCUCUCGACUCAAGCCCCAUCGCGCCCAGGCCACAUGCGCUGCACACAUCUCUCGACCACCACGACAGAGGGCGGGCUUCAGCCAUGCAAAGGAGCGGGCCGGGCGUGUUCGUGACGGCUGAUCGCGAUGUGAAUGUGAUGGACGCAGAGAGGGCGGGCGAGAGGGCGAUGAGGCGCCAUGGUGGCGGGAUGGGUGUUGAGGACGAUAGGGAUGAUGGCGGGGAGAGGGAGGGGGAGGGCAGUGUGGUGAGUGACCAGUAUAUCGCCCAGCUGGAGGCCCAUAACCAGAGGCUGCUGGACUUUCUCCAGCAGCAGGGCGAGGUGAGUGACGAGAUCAUUGACGACAUCAUUGCAAUCGACGCAGCGGCCAUUGUGUUCUCCUCUUUUGUGGAUGUGCCUGCAGAGCGUAUCUAGCGUUGAGAAGAAGGUUGAUAGCGUCCGAUCGGACCUGUUGAAUGAGUUGUCGACCCUCCGCACGCAGAACCGCCAGCACUUCUCAAAGUACACGGCUCCACACGAGGAGGCCAUCGCAGGUGGGAGGGCGGGAUGAUGAGGGUGAAUGGGACGCUGCACACGGCUGGCUUCCAAAUGCGUCCUGCUGUGUGUGUGUGGUGUUCUGCAGAGGUCCGUGAGGGCAUGAAGGUGCUCUCGAGUGACAUCAGAAAGCUGGCACAAGUGAGCUACGCGCGAAAAGCCACCAACACACACCAUUUUGCCAUUCCUUGCUGUCGGGGUACAGGAUGUGGAGGAGUCACGGCGGCAUGCGGGCGAGGGCAAUGACACCUCUGCCCAGCUGGAGGAGCUGCGCUCCCACCUGCAGACCCUGCAGCACCAAGUCCGACAGAUCGAAACACAGCAGGGCCAUUCGUGCAAAGACAAGCCACAGACAUCGGUAGGAAAAAGAAAAGGACGAGCCGCUCCAGGUCUCAUAGGUUGUCAAGGCUGCUCUGGGCUGGGUGCAGGAUUGGCUGGGUGCUCUCCUGAGGCAUGGCGAGGGCAGCGAGGAGGGUGACACAUCUGGCCCGUCUGGCCGGAGAGUGGCCGAACUCAUGACUAACAUCGCCAAACUACGGCAGGGUGAGGUGAACACGCAACUACACACCAGAUACCCUACAGGUCCAUACGAUCUGCCUGCGUUCCCCAGAGGCCGAGGCUCGCAUCGGCACGCCCAAGUUGGCUGUUAUCGGCGAUGGUGACGAGCCCAGCCAGGGCCUGACAGAGGUGCUGUGCCACUUUCUCCAGCUGCUGGAAUCCACAGUCGAAAUCACAUCGGACGUCUGCCUACAGAACCAAGGUGAGAGACCGUAGGAAAAAGGACGGAACCUUGUGGCGUCAACCUACUUGCCCUUCAUGUCAUGUGCCCAUGCAGCUAUCCGUGCGGUGCUCCUUCAUUCCACGAUGCAGCAGGGGUCGAGGGACGACAGCCGCGAUGCUGGGCCGUAUGGGCUGGCUCUCCCGUCCGGCGGGUCGGUUCCUCUCGAGCGGAUCGGCAAGGCUCUGCGCCAGCUGGCUGAUGCGCCGGGCGAGACACGGGAGGUGGCCCAGCUGCGGGAGAGGCUGCAGCUGCUGGAGGGUAGGAAAUGGGAUGCCGGGCCGGAGGCGGCACGCGGACCAAAUGACGGCGCUUUUUGUUUGUGGUUCGAUUUGCAGGCAGAGUUGAGAAGGGGGGUGGCGACGAGUCGAGGGAGAGGCUGCACGACCAAAUCAGACACCUCAGGGAGAAAAUCAAAGGUAGAGACACGAAUCCUCUUUGCAGGGCUGCUGGAUGGAUGGAUGGAUGCCUUAUGCAGGCGUUGAGGAUGCGUAUCGUGGUGAGCUUCGCGAGCUGCAGGACCAGAUACGCCACCAACGAGACUAUGCCAGAGACCAGCGGACCAUCACAGAAGGCCAAAAGUACCCACGCAAAUCCUCCACCCCUCCCCCCUAUGCUGCCUUUGCGUUUUCCAUAGGCCAGUGGAUCUGACGUGGGUGCGUGAGGAGCUCGCCUUCCUGCGCAGGGGCGUCAAGGACCUGCUGCGUGAGCCCCCACACGAGCCUUCACAGCCCGAAGCGGAGCAGGAGAACCUGCAGCCGGUGCUGUCACAGCUGCAGGCCGAGGUCAAUGGUAAGCAGAUGACAGGAAUUUCCGCAACGAGGGCGGGUGACUGGGCAGUUUCUUCUCUUCUCUUAUGUCAGAUUUGCGUGAGCGUUGGAGUGAGGAGAUCCAGGCGCUGAGCAAGGCGGGCGACAGCAGGGUGGAGACGCGGGGGCCAAAGGACCGGCCAGACGAGGACAGUUGGACCAGAACCACCACGGCCGACACCGCCAUCAACCCACGCCUCACAGGUGCAGAGCAAAAAGCAAACACAUGGAUGCGCUCUUUCAUUACUAAACCUAUCUCACAUCAGAGCGGGACACCAUGGCGGCCACCGGCGCAUUCCACCCCCUCCUUAGGUCCCAGCCGAGCCAUGCGAGUGGUGCCCAGGACCCCAAGGGCUCCCAUUCGGCCGCCGAGGUGUGCCGGGCCAUCAGCCAUCCCCCAUAUCGACGGACGAGCAUCCCGCCUGCUGAUCGUGAAGAGGAGCAGCCAGGGGGCCGGAGCCGAGGGGGGACGGCAUCGCCCGCUGCUUCGUCUGUGACGGGCCCCAAGAGGGUGGAAUGGCGAAUCGACCGACUCCACGAGGUGGGUGACUAGAAGGUAUCACAAUGGUUGCCAUGACUGCGUAUGUGGUGCGCGUGUGUGUCACUGCAGCAGCUGCGGCGUUGUGCGGUGGGUCAGGCGAUAUGGAGCCCUCGGUUCAAGGCGGGAGGCAUCGACGGACUGCAGUUCCAGGUCAGUGAGACAGACAAAGGCCACCAGUGCAGUGAUCCAUCAGAGUGCAUUUAGUGCGUUUUUUCUUUUUGUUACCUUCUGACUGCAGUUCUUCCCUCGCGGUGGCAUCCCUUCCAACAAGCUGGGACAGGCGCUGAUCGGGUAGGGUAACACACAUGUCUGUGUGUCUCACUCACAGCUUAAGAGAGAGAAGAAGAGGCCGGUGUGGUGUUGGCUGGAUCGUGUCCGUUUCUUUGCUGUUUUCCUUUCUGUCGUGCAGGGCGACUCUGGUGUCCUCUCUGCCGGACUUCACUGCCUGCAACACUCGCGGGGCGCCCGUGGCCGCACUCUACCUCUGGACACCUCCUGGACAUGAACUUAGGUGACAACCGCAACCAAACUCCCGCCCGCCAUUGUGACUGACGCACGUGUGUGUGUGUGCGUGUGCAGGUGUCAGCUGUUCAUCGGUCCGCAGCGGUGUCGCAUUGAGGUCCACGCCUCCACCGACAGAGUAAGUUCGUCUCGUCAAUAUGCAAAGCCCCUUCCUUCACACAUGUCUCUGGUGGCCUUGCAUGGUUUGUCCUGGAUGCAGGCCGUGAGCGCCCCCUGCCUGGCCAGCCUCAACACCCUCCUGCGCGACUCGCCGUCCGACGAGGAUGGCUUCCUGGUCGGCAUGGAGGAAAUCGAGAGUGACUCACAGCUGCCCUCACCAGCCAUGCGGCCCGCAGAGGCCACCUCUUCCCUUCCUGCGUUUGGGAGGGACGAUGUGCGUGGGGGCGGUGAGAGGGGAGAGAGUGAGGGUGGCUCAGGGGCGUUCCCUGUGCGGCCCACACUGACUAAGCUGUCUGACUUGGCGCGAAGGAGGGGCAGUGGGUGAGAACCUGGGUGUCAUGCAUGGGUGUGUUGUGUGUUGUGGGUGAGAGUGACGGCGGUGGCUGCGCUGUGCUGUG